AGUUGAAAGAAUUGUACGGUGUAACUAAAAAUGUUUCUCAUAUUAAAGUUCUUUUUAGGAACUUUGCUUUUGUUCGGUGUAGCAAAAGCAAAUGUUCAAACUCCAGCCAGACCACAUCAAGCGAACGUGUUCGCAGGCCCAAAAGUAUUAGAAGUCGGUAAAGGUUCGAUAUCCCCAGCAGCCCUUGAUACCUCCAUAAAUUGUACUGAUACGUGGUAUUCUUAUUGUCAUGACUGCCGUACUAUUGUGGUUUGCGCUGGCGAGGAGAAACCCAUUCAUGCAGGAGCCUGUCCUCCUUCGGCUCCCUAUUGCGAACACCGGAAUUUGGCAACUUGUGUUUCUAAUCCUCAACAUCCCAUUGAUGAGGAAAUGUGCGACAGUAGUACAUCAGAAGAUUCACAACGAUGCACAUAUUACGGACACACUCCAGAUGCUAACGAUGCACGAGUUUAUUACGAGUGUCAUGGACCAGGAGAUACCAAUCCUAUUGUUCACACUUGUCCUGAAGGCUACAUCUUCGACACCAUCGACCACAACUGCCAACGCAUUAUUCCUUACGAUUGUAGAGGAAAGGACAACCAAUUUAUAAACCAUGCCCUAAAUCCUGCAUACUACGCUUAUUGCCGACUCUAUGAGAACGGCGAACGAGAGGUCAUUCCGUACAAGUGUCGAGAUGAUCAAAAUUUCAUCUUCAACUUGGAAACCAAGGCUUGCGAAUACCAAUGCAAGGGCGAAGGACAAUUUCUGGAUCGAGAAAGUUGUGAAAACUACUACGAAUGCUACAGAAAUGGAAAUGGAUUUACACAUAAACGAAUGAGAUGUCCUGAUGGUACUCCACAUUUUUCCAAGGAUUUAGGAAGGUGCACUACAUAUACAUACUAUUGUGAACCAGAAGUUGGUUGGCAUUGAGAUUCAAAAAAUUGCAAGAACAUAUAACGACAAUUCACAGAACAAUUUUGGAUUAAAGUUAUAAUAAAGUUUAAUUAUCUUUUACUAUUACAAAUAAACCCUAUCAUGAAAAAAGUUUUCAAUCAGCUUAGCAUUGUUCUAUUCAAAAAUAAAGACUAAGAACGACAA